AUGUGGGAAGUAGAAAGAUUGCAUCAUCUUUUAUCCCAAUUAAAAGAGGUUCCUAAUUUAGAGAUUCUAUCUUGUAUUGUUUAUACAAAUCAGGCAAAGCAGUUGCCUGUUGCAAGCAUAUCAGCAUUUAGAAAUCUCAAACAAUUGAAAAUUUUCUAUUUUGAUGACAAAAAUUCUAAAGAUUUAGCAUGGUUUCCUCCUGUAAUGCUUCCUAAAGCUCAAAAAAAGAUGAAAACACUUUGUGGAUGUACACAUGAAAAUCUCAAACAAGUAGAGAGGGGUGGAUGUACUGAUAAUUGGCAUGAAAUUGAAUUGAUGUUAUUUCUAUUGAAAAAUGCAAUUGCUCUUGAACGAAUGAUUAUUCACUCCUCAAUAAAGAUUGAUAGCAUAUAUGGGAAAUGGAUUUCUUUUAAAUCAAAAUUCUCUAAUCGGAUGGAACCAGGUCUUGAUAUUCUUCAGAAAUCGCUCUAA